UAGCUAAUCUUUAGGUUAUCAAUAUUUGAGAAUAAAUAGAGAGCAAUCUGGUGUUCUCAGUUGGUUCUAGUUAAUUUGAGACAGUUCUCCACACCAGUAAUGGCUUCUCGCAAAUCAACUGUUCUAGUCGCUGCACUUCUCUGUUUUUGCUAUGCAUGGGUACAAGGAGAAGACCUACAGCCUCUGGUAAAGUCCGCUGAAGACAACCUCGCUGCAGCCAAGGUCCAUGUAGAACAUAUGCUGAACCUAUCUCCACUUCCAAAUGCAGAGAAGAUUCCUUCCAUUGUUAAAGAUGAAAGUGAUCACCUCGCUCACGAAAUUAAGAAACUGGCAAACCAACUUCAGGCAGCAGUAACAGCAGGAGACCACAAGGCAGAAUUGGCUGAGGCAGUGAACGCUGCUGUGACGCACCUGAACGAGGCAGCUGCCACUUUAGAGCAUGCAGGAUCUGAUUUGAAGCAAGACAACACCCACUAUUACGCUGCAGCUGAAUCUCUGCUUGCCCAGAUCAAGAACGUGGUGGCUGCUGGUCCCUGUGACGAGGUGGCUCCUCACCUCAAGGCUGCCUUGCAAGAGCUGACCCAUGAUGUCAACAACUAUCAGUAUGGAAUUCACGGAGUGAUCGGACCCCAUGAAGGUAACAAUGGAGAGGCAGGGCACCACGAGGGAGCGCACCACCACCACCAUGUCCACCACCACCACGGUGCCAGCAGUGAGGAGGGGCAUGACCACAGCAGCGAGGAGUCACACGCUCACCACUCACACUGAUUGUUAACACACUCUACCCAUGUUUAAAAUUUUAAGCAGAAAAACAAUCAUUCAUGAAAUCUACUAUCUAAAGAGUUUUAACGCAGUGUACAUUAAAAAAAUAAAUACAAGAACAGAAUACAGAAUGUGUCACUAUUUUGACACAGACACACCACAAUGCUGUCUAACAGGCAUGUAAUUUUUUAUUGACUUAGAAAACUUAAUACAACAUGAUACAAGUAUGUUCCUAUACUUUAAAAAGUGUUGACAAAUACAAAUUUUUAUACCUAACAAAAGUUUGAAAUGUAAUGCGCACUUGAUAUGGAUCAUUACCCAAUUUAUCUUCUUUAUCCUCUGCCUCCAUUAACCAAAUUAAAUUAUAUUCUUUACGUCAACAAUUUUAAUAUUUAUAUAAACGAAUAUGAAUAAGAGUAUUUGUGACUACCGUUUGAAGUAUUAAAAAAGAUUUAGUAUAGUUAUGAUUUAAUAAUAAAUGCAAAUCAAAACAUUAAUUAAAACAAGUAGAGCUGAGCACUUCUGCCAGGUACAUAGACUAACUAGAUUAGUGAAUCUCAUAACUGUAUACAUCAGACUGCAAAAAUCCCUAACACCAGGUGAAGGAAUCAAACUCGUGACUCUUAGGUCAACUCCCGUGUUCGAGAGUACCACUUUAGACUACACAACCAUCCUGAUUUGAUGCCUUGGGUGUGCAGAUAGCUCACUUACCACUUUGCUCCAUCAGCUCUCACUUACUUAUCACUUAGGUAGCACUAAAUGCAUCACAAUCAUGACUCAUAGCACUAAUAGAGUUAAAGGUAAUCUAAUCCAAGGAAGAUUAUGAUGUACACUAGAAGUUCAUGUCUACUACAACAGUACUAUGUCACACGUUAAAAUAUCAUACAAUUGUUAUCAGUUUGUUUAUUGUACUAAAUUUAUUUAUUCUAUGAUUGUCUUGUUGCCAUUGUGGUUACUAUUUAGAUCAAUGUAAAAUUUGUUGCUAACAUUCAUCAAAAUCUCAUGGAGUGAUAUGCAUCAUUUUUGUUUUGCUUAGAAAUGUUUCAGGAAAAAUUGUAAAUCUACAGAUCACAAAAUGUUCUUAAGAUAUCAUGCAGACAGACAGGGAAAUAUUAAAUUUUUCCACUCCCUUGAUAAGACUUUGCUCAACCAAUUAUUGCAGUGCUUAUAUCUGUAUUGAGUGAGGAAAUAAACUAUUAUCAAAUUGAA